ACUCUUUGUAAAAGGCGCAGAGAAAUACGCCGGAGGAAUACCAGAGUCCACAGACAGAGGAGACAUGAAUUUAAAUGACUUCGUGGUGCUUCAUAACAGCAAGGCCAAAUCUGUCAAACUCAAUGCCAGGAACCUGCAAGAGCUACAGAUGGAGACGGUGACUCUGUCCCUGGAAAGCAAAGACAUGGAAGAGAAACUGCAACAGCUGAAACAGAGCAUGAGUAAAGAGAAGGAGGAGAGAGGGCAUUCAGGAGGGUUUAGAUGGUCGUCUGGACAAUGUGGUUCUUCAAACAGCGCAAAGAAGUUCAAGGAGAACAGACUCCAGAAGCUGUCAGCAGGCAAGAUGAGGAUCCGAAUGCUGAAGAAUGAACCGCUGACAGUCCAGCCUCAGCCGCCCCCACUGCCUCGGACGAUUAGGAAAAACAGGCUGACGGGAACAAUCUGUGGACAGUGUGAAGUCAAGACAGCUGGACUGAGUUGCGUUGAAUGUACGGAGCACUACUGUAUCGGCUGCUUUGCCAGAUUUCACCAGAAGGGGGCACUGAAGCUCCACAGAAUGAUCCCCAUUCAGGCAGAACUACAGACCCGUGUGAGCACUCGAGAUGUUGUCGAUUACUAUCCCAGCACCUUUACAAGUCCUGAUCCUUGUUCCAAACCCGGCACCAGUCACACACCAACGUCCAAUGCAAGUACCAGGCAAGAUGAACAGAGCCCAGGAAGAGAGGCUGUGACAAUACCAAUGCAAGCGCACCAUGAAACCAGCCAGGUGUUGGUUGUGAAUUACACAGAAGAGAAACAAUUUGAAUCGGGGAUGAAAAGAGAUGAUGAGAGGGGAUUUCCCAGUUCUCUUCUUAGAGGAGAAUACAAUGAGGUGGAGUCUGCAAGAUCCUUCCAGGAGGCUGUGAGACAGUGGAGGGGACAGACGAGUGAUGGAGCAGGAGAGCCCAUAAGGAAGGAAGCUAUGUGGAUACCUGAUCGCCCAGUAUCAGUGUCAGCCACAGCAACUCAGGCUGACCUCUCUCCAGACAGAGAAGCUGAAGGACAAGGAAGAGGAGGGGGACCAGGCAGGGUACUUCUCCGGGUGGAGUUUAGUGACAACAGCCUUACCUACAUGGAUAGGUUGCUUCUCAAGAAGCAGCGCAGGACACCUGUCGAAAUGUAUGAUCCUUUGCCAGCACUUGAUCUAAAACCUCGAGCAAACACUGAGGAGGAGAGUAGCCUCACAGCUCAGGAGGAGGAUUUUCGUUGCUACUGUGCAUCAUUGUUUGCAGUCCCUGUCAGUCGGGGCGAGACUCGUGCUCAGAUCACUGCACCUGAACCGUGCCUCGUCAUAGAAGUCCUGGAUGAGACAGAGGGAAUCAUGAAUGAAGUCUCUGCUGAACAGAGGACGAGCAACAAAUCAAAGGAUUACUUGUUUGAGCAAGUCUCCAACAAAGGAAGUACCCUGGUGCCCCAAACAGCCGUGACUGGCGCUGGGUCCUCAAGAGUCAGCCGCUCCUCUCUCAGUCCAUCACAACCAUCCAGUCAGUCCAAAGCACCCACACAACCUCCAGCCGCUCAGAGGCUCCAUCAAUCCGAGCCUCAGACUUCCGAAGCAGAUCACACAGACAAACCAUUACCCUCUAAAAGUAUGCCACCAGCAAACAUCACUGCUGAGACAGCAAGGACUUCACAGACAUCAAUCAACACCUCAAAGUCGCAAAAGCCCAAUUGUUCCACCACUUUCCACAAAUCAGAAGCUGAACGUGGGUCACCACCACAUUUUACCUCAUUACCACAUCCCCAGGCUAAGAUCCCUAAAUCCUCCCGCUCCCCUUUCUCAUUUCCACCUGAUGUCUUUCCUCUGGCUACCACCAGAUCACCAUUACCAAACCAGCAUCUCUCACCUUCUCCGUCCACAACCUUCAUGCUUGGGUCUACAUUCACAGUCUCACCAUCAAGCUCCACUGAGUCAACUUUGUCGGCCAAAGUUUGCCAUUCAUCCCCGUUACAACAAAGCUCAGACUCGGCUCUGCUGAAAGAACGACACCAACCUUCCACUUUAUACCAAGAACCAAUCUCUUCACCAAAGCUUUUUCAAUCACCACCAAACAAUCUGGAGUCCCUAGAGAAAUCACUGCAUUCCUUGAGUGACCCAGAGUCUCUCCUAUCGGAUAAUCAAUUUCAGUCUCCCAGGCCAAACCCACAACCAAGAUCCCUGGAACCAAGUCAGUCACAAGCCCUCCGAGCACCACCAAGCGCAACUGUGAAAGCCCUGUUAAGUUUAUCUUUAUUUAAUGAGUCCCCACCAGAUGCAAAUUCUAGACGUACGUCAACUCCAACAUAUGGGGAUGCUCCAGUUUUAAUGUCUCCUUGCUCCUUCUCUGGGAAAUAUGAAUCAACUCUGUCUCAACGAGAUACUCAGUGUAAACCUACGCUUUCAUCACAAUCCUUAAAUGUCAUCCAGAAUCAUCCUUUCGCUUUGAAACUAGAGGAGGAAGAGGAACUAUCUGUGGACAGUGGAGAUGAAAUGUCCAGCGACAGUCUGGGUCUGGCUCCACACAACGAAGGCUCCUCAGAUGAAGAAACCCAGAUGCACGGACGUUUAACAAGAGGGAGAUCCAGAAAAGAAGAGCAGUGGAAUUCUGUCACAUCUCAUCUCGGAGAUUCCUUUGUUCCCACAUAUGCAGACAUAGAAAAAGAUCUGCCGACUGAUGAGCCAGAACAUCUGUCAGAGCCCUACAUGGUGAUGCACAACUGGAGUGCUGGGUCUGGAUCAGAGCAGUCUUAUGAUCUUGAGAGGUUUUCUCCUCUCAGUGUGGAUUUGAGUUCUAGUCUCUCCAACACACCAGAACACACAAGCUGCGACGCACAGCGAACACGCCAAACUCCACCAAAUGACUCAGACACAAAAGGAACAGAGUCCUGUGGACCGAGCAGUCGCCUCCGUACCAACACUGAGAGACAGCUUGUUUGCAGAAUGAUGGAGGACAGCAACACGCAGCCAACUGGAAUUAAAAUCUGCUCAAGCACGACUUCCAGGAGAGGAGAAAUAUCAGCAUAUGAACUAGGAACAUCUGCGUCAAAAAGUUCCACUCCACCUCUGUCUCACCCAACAACGACGACCCCGAGUCCUCCCCGGCCACCUGUGUUCCCCUCCUCCUCUCAGUCUCCGUCUCCUCCUCGCCCUGCCUGCCGGUUUCGUCCCACGUCGGCCUCAGAAUGGGGCCCAUUGUCUCAGGCAGCCCAAGAGAUCAUGGACAUCUGUAGACUGGACCAGACAGGUUGUGAGGACCCUGACCUGCACACAGACACAACUGCACACACGCUCCACGGCCUCGAGCAAGACCUCAAAGAAACAGGGACACAGGCUUCAUUAUUUGCUGCAGUAAACAGUGAAAGACAAUCUCAGCAUCAGAAUCAUAGACUGACACGGGACAGAGUCAGCGACGCACAAAGGGAGGUGGAGGAGGCUGCAAAGAGAGACCGGCAGAGCGUCCUAUUACUCCCCUGACAUAUUUGCUCACAAAAGCAGACAAACACACACUCUCACACACACAAACACACACAUAUAUAUAUAUAUACACACAUAUAUAACCUGUAUUGUAAGAGAGUAAAGUGAGCAAAUUGAAUAUAAUUUAAAUUGUGUAAUUGUUGAGGUGUCAAGGUUGUUGUAAGUGUCUAUAACUGUGCAGAAUUUUU